AUGUCUGAAAAGAAGCCUGCUAAAGUUGGCUACUGGUACUUUGGUGGUGUGGCCAGUGCUAUGGCUGCGGCCGUGACCCAUCCACUGGAUUUAAUCAAGGUCCAUCUGCAAACUCAGCAGAAAAAGGAACUUGGAAUGAUAUCGAUGGGUAUCCGCGUCUUUAAGAACGACGGAUUCUUCGCUUUGUACAACGGUCUCAGUGCUUCUCUUCUUCGUCAGCUCACCUACUCCAUGACUCGUUUCGGCAUCUACGAAACAUACAAAACCAACUUGGGAAGGAAAAUGACUUUCGCGGAGAGUGCCGGCGUCGCGAUGAUUUCCGGUUUUGCUGGCGGCGUUGUUGGCAAUCCUGCAGAUAUGGUUAACGUCCGGUUCGUCGUACUACAUCAUCCGAUUCCCUAAUUGUUAUUAUAUAUAUUUUACACUCCUAAGUUAGAACAGACUACAGUCAUACUGGACAGUCCAUGCUAUGUCCUUUUGCAUAACAAGCGUACCUCCGUUCACCGUCAAAAAUUCUAGUGUGUCAUUCAUUUUUUUCGAAUUUUAGGAUGCAGAACGACAUGAAAAUCCCCCCAGCUGAAAGGAGAAAGUAAGGCCACAAUACUUUCCUGUUCGAUUAUUUGUGAUGACUCUUCCUGGCGUCUGGUUUGUCUCCUCCGUAGCUGCUUAAAAACAUGCGGCAUUUUCAAAUAUGACUGCCUCUUAGCUUGUUAGUUCAAUGCGUUAGCGAGAUUUUCACUUGUUAUGCGCGUGUCCAUGAGUGAUGAAGUCCUUUGGGGGCCUUAUACAAGUGAGAAAUUCCCUAGGACUUUCCAUUUUUCAGAGGUUAGUAAACGCACAAAAGUUGUGGGCUUUUUUCUGCCCUAUUCUUGCGUGGGACUGGAAGCGACUGCUUCUUAAAAGUAGUACCGCUUUAUUGCGUCUGUGCUUGUCAGAGUGCGGUCGUAAAAUAGCCUGGACCGGUUGUGCUGUUUUGACUUAAAGCACUAUUUUUCCGCAUCGCCAUUUCCUGCACCCAUUGAUGCUCUGCAUUGGUAGGAUGGCUGACCUAUGCAUGCUGGGGAGGUCUUUCCACCUCUAGCCCAUUCAUGUUUUGGCGUGACGUAAAAGAGGAACCUGUGACUAAUCUAAGCGAAAACUCACCGUACGCCGACCAGUAGUUAACUCAUACUUCCCUUAAUGGUGACAUUUUUGCUAAGAAAGCAUUUUGGGACCGGGGAUAGUCAUCUGAUUGCCAUUUUGGAGGUGUUUGACCACCGCUGUUUGAGGACCAUCCUUCGAGUGGAGUACACCGACUUCGUCUCCAAUAAAGGCAGUCCGCGCUCGCUGCGACAUCGCGAGGAUAGCCCAGGCCACCCAAGACGACUGAGGUGGUCUGGGCAUGUUCGUCGUCCACCUCAGGAGCUUAGUGUUACUGCUCUCGAUCUAGCACCGUUACCCCAUUUUAGGCGUCGAAGGGAGGGGGGGGGUAAACUCAAAACUUGACUCGACAUAGUUCGUCAAGACGUGGAGGUAGUUCUUGGACCUUCGGUGUCCGGCCUCCGUCGUUGGCGAAGAGAUCUGGAUUUUGUGGCGGCCUAUUUUACUCUGCGAAAUGCAUUUCCACCUUGCUGCGAAACGUCUUUCGACCUCACAAGGUCACUUGUCGCACGUGUUCGGUAUGAUUUUGAUCACAUGUCCGACUUCUUUUGUUUUCGUGACGUGUCUCUGGGAUUCUCGACACAGUUAAGUCUAUAACGGUCGUUGAGAUUAUUUGUUCGAGGUUGCCUGGUUUCACGCUGUGGUCCGUAGGACUCUAACCUUGCAGCGGUCGCAAAACCUGCUUAGUGAUGGCCCAUGAUCAGGGUGGCAGAUUUCUGCCACUGAGCUUUUGGGGUGUUUUAUAAGACGGUCGGUGUGCCAGGCAUAGGUUUUCCGCGCACUAAUAAUACCGUCGCUGUCGGUCCACGACUGCUUAUUAACCAGGCACAGGGGAGCCUCUUUCACAGCUAAUUUUCACUGAUGACGGCUCCACAAUCUCCCAACUUUUGACUCACCGAUCAUAGACCGGCUAGGUAAAUCUGUCUUUCCAGGUCCUGGCCUUUGUUCAUUUCGGUUACUUUGGAUUAAUUUAUGCAGCAUCUCUUCUUAUUCUCUACGGAGAUUGGAGGUACUCAAUUUUUACCCAACUUGAUUUGAAAUGUUUGUAAGAGGACCUGAAAACCCUACUUGAGGUGACAGUUUCCCUACGAUUUUCGGUUGUGAUCUUCAUGUAUAACUAUCGUGCUCUUACCUGAGAAUGUUAAUGUAGCGCCUGUAUCGUUACCCAUGGUUAGUCUUCUGAAAAUGUUUACAGUUAAUACCGUUUUUUCUGGAUUUAAAGGCGCCGCAAUUGUCGGUUAGACGCUGUCAUAAUCCAAGCUUUCCCUUAUUACAUUUUAAGUCAUGUCAGGUAUCCGGACGUAGUUGUAGACUCCUUGUAAUGAGUCGUGUCCUGCAACAUCUGCUGCUAAGGUUGCAUCUGGUUUUUUCACUGUUAGCAGUCUCUUCAACUGCUUUCGAAAUCUAGAGUAGGCACAAAAAUUAUGUACUCCUUUUUGUUUGCAUCCAAUCAUUUCCACGUUUAUUCUAACCAUCUCGGCUGGAUGUACUUACAAUUUCAGCUACAAGCACGCAAUCGACGGCUUGAUCCAAGUCACCCGUAAAGAAGGUGUCGGUGCCCUCUUCAAUGGUGUUUCUAUGACAGCCACUCGAGCUAUGUUCAUGACCUUUGGGCAGCUGGCUUUUUACGACACGUUCAAACAACUGCUUCUUGCCACCGGCUAUUUCAAUGACAACCCAGUCACACACUUUUCCGCCAGCAUUGGAGCUGCCGGUAUCGCCACCUGCAUGACACAACCCUUCGAUGUUAUGAAGACACGACUCAUGAAUGCUCCUCCGGGCAAAUACUCUGUACGUCCUUUGGAUGGCUCAAUGCGGGCCCUCUUCAGUGUUUGUCCGUGUUCUUGACACUUUCAGGUAGCAUACAACAGAUACCAAGUUAGCGUUCGUUUACGGAAUACGAGAACAUGAAAGCGCCCAGCUUUAUGUGGGUAUUUGAGCGUCAUUUGUUGAAUUGGUGUUUGCAGAUGAUGAAAGUAAUGCGUUGCAUGAAGGGCCAACUGUUCAUCUGAUUCGUUUUACUUCAAUCUCACCAAGUCUAGACUUUAAAAUAUCUACUUAGUCGAUGCCGAUUCCGGCCAUCCUACUUGCCCGUUAGAUUUUUCGCAUGCAGUUCAUUGUCACAGAUUUGAGGUUUGCAACGUUGGCAGUUUCGGGAAGAUCGGACUCGGCCGAAGUAGCAAACCUGCGAAAAAUGCCACUGCCGUCUAGAGAAUCUCCUUGAUUGAAAGCUGUGACUCCACUACGUUUGGCCGAACCAAGCCUGAUAUGGCUUUCAUCUACAGUCAGCAACCUUGUCUUUUAAUCUCAAAUUGCUUUCAUCCACUAACUGAUGACGCCGUGUCCGACUGGCUCGCAGUGAUGCCCGCUCUUCCACUGGUCGAAGUUCACCACAAAUCUACUGCGCUGAAAAUAUAUGAGGGACAGAUUAUCCUUUAUAUUCCAAAGGAGUUAAUUGGCCUGGCGUUUUUCCCCAGUGUAGUGCGUAAUUUCCACUCGAUGCAUGACGUCCCCGAUCACAUGCUAUCAGUUGCGAAUGGUCCUCAUCAUUUGACUUUCUGACUGUUAAGAAACAAACAUUCAGGCGUCCUAGGGCUGGCGAGUUUUCAGUACGACCUGGCUCCCUAGUCAGGACGCUACAAAUCUAAGAUCACUUUUGUCAACUUAAGUUGCUGCCUGACUUUCAAUGCGUAUCGAACAGGAUGCCUUAUCCUUAUUAUUUGACAAAAUAUGUUGACUAGGAUAUAUCACCUUUUCCCAGGGCCUCGCCGCCUGCGGUCUUGAUGUGAUGCGAACUGGCCCUCUCGGCUUCUUCAAGGGCCUUGUCCCAGCUUUCAUCAGACUUGGCCCGCACACGGUCCUCACAUUCAUCUUCCUGGAACAGCUGAAGCAGAAUUUCGGCUACAUUCCGACGCAAGCUGCGGCAGCCAAACCAAAGGCCUAA